AUGGUAAGAGUUAGGAUCAAACUUCACAGCAGGCGCCAGUCCUGUUGCACAGUAGCUGUAGUAGUGCAAGAAUUCGUUUUUCGCACCUCGCAUCGCUGGACUGCUGAGGCAACUACUCGUCAGUAUUUCGGGUUGGGUUUUCAGAGGAUACAGCAGAAUGCACACGGUUGCACAAGUCCGGUACUUAGAAAGCUGUGA